UUCUAGUUUCAGCACUGCGACAAGUAUCAUAUCUUUAUAAAGUGUUUACUACACAGAUAAAAUAAUACUCUAAAUUUUCAUUUUACUCAAUAGCAAAAAUGGCAACUACAGUGAUAGCACUUUUGGCACUUAUCGUUCCCAUAUGGAGUCUACCACCACUAGCUCCAACCCAGUACCCUGGUGUCUACCAGCUCACCGAACCCGUCGAUCACGCAGAAUGUCCUAGUUGGGACUAUAGAAACAACAUUCUCUACUAUGUCAACAUCCACGAAGGUCAAGUCUAUAGAUACGACUAUGACCAAGGAAACCUUGCUUAUAUUACUCUCGACGGUGAAGUCGCUCCCGUUAUUCCUUCCAGCAGAGACCCUAACCUCUUAAUAGUGGGUUUAGACCGAUCUGUUGCUGCCGUGGAAUGGGACGGAGUCUCCGACCCUAGUGAGACCCGAAUUUUGGCAGCUCUAGCUCCCGAUUUUCCUACUAGUAGGGUCAACGACGGCAAAGCUGACAAACAAGGUCGCUUGUGGAUCGGUACCAUGGGCUAUGAAGGUCCUGAUGGUUUGACUCCAGACGAAGGAAUUUUAUACCAGGUGACCUGCGACCAUCUAGACUCCCCCUUAGUUGAAAUCGCUCCCGUUAAUAUCAGCAACGGUCUUGCUUGGAACGCCGCCAACGACAAAUUCUUCUACAUAGACACACCAAGCGGACAAGUCGUCGAGUACUCCUACAACGACGAAACUGGCGAAAUCAGCGACCGAAGGGUCGUUUUUGACGUAAAUGACCAUACAGAGCAUAUUGUCGGUGGUCCAGAUGGCAUGACUAUUGAUGAAGACGAUAAUCUAUGGAUAGCGCUGUAUGGUGGCGGAGCUAUUAUCAAGGUUGAUUCUUCAAAUGGUGACCUUUUGGAGAUCGUACCUCUUCCAGCUUUGGAUGUGACUUCGGCCAUAUGGGGAGGACCGGAUUUGGAUAUUCUUUAUGUAACAACUUCUCGGGUUAGUCUGACAGAUGAGCAAAAGUUAGAACAACCGGCUGCUGGGGCCGUGUUUGCCAUAUUCGGGUUGGGAACAAAAGGGCGCCCUACUUUCGAAGUAGAUAUAUUAGGGUCAAUUGAUGAUGAGACAUGUGGUGCCAAGAAAGUAUUACGUGGUUAAGCAUGAACAAGAUUUAGUGAACUGCAAUAUUUAGAUAUAAUAAUAAAAUUUUAAUUGAAGUAUA